CUGUCUGUCCUCUUGAGAGCCGCGUUAGCACGCCUCACGGUCCUGCGGGCUGGUUCAGCGUUUUGACCGCUCCACAGUCGAGGAAGUGGAUCGUAACAUAGAUAACUUCAGUCAUCAUCAUGCACGUGUCUAACUACCACAAGAUUUGUGUGAUUUGAAAAGACAAAUAAAGACAGAGGAAUACAAGAACUCAGUCAGCAGACCGAAACGACAGUAGCACAGUGUUGAGACAUGGCCAGCACCCAGACCAGUUUGAAAACGCCUUUCAAAGACGUGACCUCAUUCAAGGGCAACAUGAAGCGGCUGUACAGAGAGCGGCUGGAAGUCGCGCCGAUCAAGAAGCGUGUGAUGGCAGAGAUCAACCUGAAGAGGCGCAGCUUGGACCCCCUCCCGAAAACCCCGAAGGUGAAGAGGGAGCAGGUCGAGGAGGUGUGCCACGACUCUGACAUGGAUGCGGAGGCCCGGGCGGAUCUGCACAUGGCGGGUUCUGCUAAAGCCCUGGACUUGAGUCCCGGGCUCAAACACACACUGGCCCAGUUCACCCUGAGCAGCCAGAGCUCACUCGGGGGGCCGGCGGCCUUCUCAGCUCGAACUGGUCACGAGCAUUCCCCGGGCGGCAUGCCCCCCCUGCCCUCUCCUCCUGUUCUGGGAGGUGGCCCUCUGCUGGUUCCCUGCGACAGCUCCACUGAACUCACUCACUCGCUGCUGGAAGGAGAGUCCAUCUCCUGCUUUGUUGUCGGCGGGGAGAAGCGCCUGUGCCUGCCCCAGGUGCUCAACUCAGUGCUCCGCGACUUCUCGCUGCAGCAGAUCAACACCGUGUGUGACGAGCUCUACGUCUACUGCUCGCGCUGCGACGCCGAGCAGCUGCACAUCCUCAAGGUGCUGGGCAUCCUGCCGUUCAACGCACCUUCCUGUGGCCUCAUUACGCUGACGGAUGCACAGCGGUUGUGCAACGCUCUGCUGCGUCCAGGGGCGGCCUUGCCCGGGGACCCCAGCGGUAAGCUGCUGACCCAGGGCCUGCUGAAGGAGAGCGAAGCCAGUUUCCAGGUGGAGCACCAGUGUUUGGGGAAGUGCCAGGGUCUCUUCGUGCCCCAGUUCUACACCCAGCCCGAGGCUCCCUGCAUCCAGUGCGUCGAGUGCCAGUUGCUCUUUUCACCGCAGAAGUUUGUCAUGCAUUCGCACAAGUCACCCGAUAAGAGGACCUGCCACUGGGGCUUUGACUCAGCCAAGUGGCCCUGCUACCUGCAGCUGGCCAGGAAGUACCAAGGCCUGCCCGAGGAGCCAAAGCUCAAGCAGCUCCUGGACGAGGUCAAAGAGAAGUUCCACUACCAGCUCAGAAGGUUGCUAGACAAAAAGGCAGUGGAGGAGGAGGAAGAGGAGGAAGAGGGCCAGGUGAGGAAACCCUCGGCUGAUCUCUGCUCCCCCAGCAGCAAGUUGACUGAUGCCGACCCCGCAAGAAAGGAUAAAACAUCGCCACCAACUCUGGUGUUCAAUCGCCUUUUCUCAGACGUCAAAGAGGAGCCAGGACACCCCACCCUGGUCCAUCCCAGUUACUACCUGUACACAUACGAUAAGAUGGUGGCUCCCAACGUGUCUCUGCAAAGGGAGGCGGAGAUGAGCCCCGAGAUGUUCGGCGCGCUGCUCAAACACCACUACAGCCGCAGAGCGCUGGGCCACGACGAGCCACCCAUGGAUCUACAUGCGUCGCCUCACGUUGAUGCUGGCGCCGAGGAGGCCAAAUCCCAACGUGCCGCUGCUGCCUCGGCCAGUGAGCGGGAAUGCCAAACCCAGGCAGUUUCCAUGGAGACAAGCAGCCAGAGCUGCAAGAAAGCCACCCACACCCCCGCUCACACCCCUCCUCCGCCUCAUGUUCCUAUGUCGUCGGUAGCGGAAGUAGCGGCUAAGGAGAAGGGGUCUGCCCUGAGCAUCGCUGCUGUCGGGGGGCUGGAGGACGACAAGGACAAAAUAGUUGUGGAGAUCAUGCAGAUGUACAGCAGGCAGCAGGAGAAGCUCAACUCCACCCUGCACAAGCAGCUGCAGCUGGAAAUGGAGAUGGAGGCGGUGCGCGGCGGCGAGGUGGCGAGGCUACGGGAGCUGAGCGCCGAGCAGCGGGAGCUGCGCAGCGAGCUGGAGGCUGUGCACAGCGAACAGGCGCGGCAGCUCAGCCAGGCCCGCCUGGAACAACUGGAGCUGGAGACCCGUCUGGAGCAGCUCCGACAGCAGGCAUGCGCCUGCGAGCCGGGGACACAACGGCAGCAAGAGGCCCACUACGCCGCACAGUUGUCGGAGCUGCGUCAGAGGCUGGAGCGGGCGGAGACGGACCGGCGGGAGCUGCAGGAGGAGCUGCGACGGGAGCGUGAGGCGCGGGAAAAGCUGGAGCACACAAUCACUCAGCUCAAGCAGCAGAUGGUCCAUUCUGCCAUAGCGGGAGGCAGCCCCUCUCCUCCUCUCACCCCUUCAACCGGACCCCCUAACGCCCACUGCCAGCCCUCCUCCUUCUCGGAGGCCCCAGCGGCUGGCCAAAAGUAACUGCCAGGCCCCCCCCCCACACACUCAGGCCCCUGCCUCAUUCCUCUCCCGCUCACCCGCCAACUCUACAGACACAAACAAAUCUGCCUAAAGCAGAAAGGAGCUUUGCAUCUCCUCAGGCUGCUUUUUAAGGUCGUGCAUUUCACUCUUGUAUUUCAGCGUAGGACUGACUUUUGAUUUUGUAAUUUAACAUCAGUUAAACAAAAGUUUUAUGUUGGGUUGGGUUUAUUAUCCUUUUAUUUUUCUUGCUUCUCUUUGAACCGUAUUUUGAGUUUUCUGUUUUUGUUUUUGGGCACGUACGUUUGAUAUAAUUUAUAGUUUUUACCAAACAAACCGCUGCUUUAGUCCAGAAGAGACUAACUCAACCCAUCUCUGUUUGCCUUUCCGACCCCCACCUCCCACGAUAGUCGCCCGCCUCUCCCAUCCCUUCGUGCUCAAUCUCUAUUCUGGAGCUUAAGACUUUUAAGAUUUCGGAGCCUGGAGUGUGGACACAGACUCGUCUCGGACCUCCCUUCGUGCCGCCGGUGUACUUGCUGUCACUGUACUUGCAGCCCGGACACCCGAGUACCAGCGACUGCAGGAAACCGCACGGGCAUUUCACCACAGCUUUUCCUUCUAAAACACAGAGAGAAAGGCGCAAAGAAACACGUCAAAGGACAUCAACUCCGGAGAAAGACCUUAACUGUACAAAAAAAACAUGUUUGCGAAUGUCGUAUAACCUGAAAAUAUGCCAAUAGUGACGCUGGAAUCAGUGUUUCAGUGUGACCCCCCCCUCCCCCCAAAGACACACACACACACACACACACACCAGGUAGCUAAGUAGUGACUCGUCUGGCCUAAACCCCAGCUGCUCCUCACACAGUCUAGUUUCCCUCUGGACUCUCCUGUCGUAGACCAAACAGUCUAAGACCCCCUCCCCCCCCCCUCCCUCCUCCCCCAAACUCCAUAACACUUGAGGCUAGAUAAGAAAACACUGUGCUCCUUUCAGGCCUGGCAUGAAGAAGCUCACAAGCAGUGUUAUGCACUUAAUCUGCUCUCCUCCACCCCACACUCCCCUGGGGAAGGAAUACGCGUAGACCCGGGAGCUGUUGGAACCGGUUCAUCUUUUCUAGGAAAGGCAGAGUCUCGCAUGUGUGGUGGCUGGACUGUGUCACCAUAAUACAUGUGACACCCUCACGUGCCCGCACACACCGAGUGUGUCAGUGCGGUGCAGCCAGGCCGAACGAUGGCCCCCGCGCUCCCAGCACACGAUCAAAGCGCCAGGCGCUCCCUCUUUUGCUUUCUGGGCUUCUCAUUGUUUUGUUUCAUUUGACUUCACUGCCAGCGGACGGUUUUUCAGAGCGGCGUCUGAGAAUGUGGGCGGCAGGUGAAGGGCGGUUCAGGUCCGGCCCCUGCUUCACGUUAUUCCGCCUGGCUGAACAAACGGCAUUGGGCUGGAAGAGCUGGGAGGUGAGGCGCCCCCUCUGCCCCCCUCACCCUGCGGCAGGCUGGGUGGCCCCGACGCCACGAGUACAGGGGGAACCUUUUUUUGUUUUUUGUUUGGUGCCGUCAGAAUGAGGGCAGCUGUUGUAGUCGGUGGGCCCCCGCCCGCCGUCGGGUGAGACUGUACAGCACCCCCUCCACCCAAAAUCUCUCAAUACCCUCCCUCGGCCCCUCCCAUAAAACAACCGUCACACACAUACCCGGCCAUCCAUCCCCAGAUCAUCUGGGGGCGGGUGGUGUUUUGUAGAUGCCCAGGAGAGCGAGCAGACGUCCAGUCAGAGGAAGAGAAGACUUCUAUUGUCAGUUGCCAGGCAAAAGUACUUUGCAUUGCCACUAAGGAGAUCCCUGUGUGUGUGUGUGUGUGUGUGUGUGUGUGUGUGUGUGUGUGUGUGUGUGUGUGUGUGUGUGUGUGUGUGUGUGUGUGUGUGUGUGUGUGUGUGUGUGUGUGUGUGUGUGUGUGUGUGUGUGUGUGUGUGAAUAAUUGUUUAAAAAGAGAACGGGAUCGGCCUCAGACAGACUCUGAGCUUUCUUUUUUUUUAUGCAUCUGCUAUGAAUGCAAAUCAAUAGACAUUCCACUGUGCUCCAUCCUGUUCAAUGCAGAUUUUCUUACACAGCUUCCCUCAACAAUAACAGACCGGGCAGAGUACAGUUUUGGUUUGUUGAUUGUCAUAAAAGCAGGUGCAAGCCUGCAAAAUCAAACCCACGCUGCAAAUGUACACUCUACUGUUCCAUUUAAACCUUUAAUGAAAUUAUGAAAGAAAAUAUUUAACGUAUUAACUAAAGAUUUAUAUUCACUUUGUAAAUACAUUAGUCAUUAAUAUAUUAACUGUUCUUCUAUGAAAAAUCUUUAAAAGGUUAUAGAAAUUGGACCUGAACUAAGGCUCCAGAUGUUUUUGCUUUCUUUUUUUAAAAAGUUAUCAGAACUCGACUUGACUUGUCGAGUAGGUGUGAAGGGAGUGAAAUGCAUGGUUUACUGAGACAUGAUACAAGACAAAGGCAAGAUAGGAAUAUAAUACUUUGUUACACACUUUGCGCCCUUUUUUGAAAUUAUACUUUUGUGGAUUUCAUCUUGACAGACUGUUGAACGUGUAAUGUAAUGAGCUUUUCUUCUUUAUUAAACCCCUUCACCCUCUGAGAUAAAUUGAAAAUGAAACAUUUGUUUAAGAAAAUGCAUUUUUGGAAGAAAAAAAACUAAACAAAGAUGUUUUUUUAUGCAUGUUUUGCUGCCCCUUAGGUUUUGUGUCAACGGGCUAAUUUAUCAAUUUUUUUUAUUGUAAAAAAAGAUGAUGUUUCCCCUCACGUAACACACAGAUAAGACUGCUCUUAUGCAUGAACAUCGAACAUGUCAUCAUUGGUUUACAGGUUGACAAGAUAUUAAUUUAGAUGAUAAUAAACGUAAAAUGUAGCCUAAUUUGAUUUGAAAAUGAGGUGUGCGUAUGAGAGCGAGAGACGGUGUGUGUGUGUGUGUGUGUGUUGGCCUCCCACUGACACACAGCAGCUUUGUAAAGGGAAAGAAAAUAAUUUGCUCAUGUAGCUUUGGACUAAAAGUGUUUUCUGAAUCUGAUCAUUUAUUCCUGUCCUGCUGUGUGAACAUCACUUAACAGAUCAUCAGUAUUAGAUUUACGGACUUCAGAGGCAUCUAAAAAUUCUUUAAAUCCAUCAGAUGAGCUGACGACUAAUGUUUGCUCCGAAUUGACUUUGUAAUUUGCAUUUUAUACACAAGGGGGCGAUGUUCAGCCUCUUUAAUGACAGUCCAUUUAAUAGAAGGGCUAAAUGAAAGUGGAGAAGGAUCCCAUUGAUCACUGUCUGCUGGGCCUUUUUUUGCAUUUUGCAGUGUUAUGAGAACUUGGGUAUGCUUUGUACAGAAGUUUUACAGGUUUGACGUUUGCCCAACAGACCAGAAAAACAAGGUGAACCACCACCACAUGGACACAUUUGAAUACAGGAUUUACGUACUAUUUGCCUAUUGGCUACGUGGAGCAAACUAGUGAACAAAUCCACGGAAACCUUUGACCUGUCGCAAGAGCUUUUUCUAGUUUGCGUAGUCAUUUUGGCCAAUGAUUAUUCUAUGGGAGAAACCCGGUGUGACUGCAUUGGUGAUUGAGCACACAGAUAACUGGUUACUAAGAAUGGGUGCGCCAUGUUUUAAUUUAUAGACUUCCUUCUAUAGAAAAUAAAAUAAAUCUAUCAUGGCUUUGCUAAAAAUAUCCUAUUUUCCCCUUGAUGCUGUUCAGAAACAUGAAACACAGUGUCUGUGUUUGACCAUUGCAUACUAUGUUGCCAAUACUACAGUGUGAUGAGACUUUUGUUCUUGCAUGAAUCGAGACACUGUUCUCCUACCUCAUGUUGUGAUAUAAAAAUGUUUUUUAAGCAGAAGAAGCUGCAUCUCUAAAUGUUUAUCAUCAUGGAUAUUUACUAGUAAAUGACAUACCUGUAAAUGCUUUUAGCCAAUACCUCAGUUGUAUCUAGUGUUUUUCUUUUCUUCUGUUUUUGCCCUUCCCCUGAUUUCAGAUCUUGUAAAUAUACACUGUAUAGAUAAUGAACUUGGAUCAAAUUCAAGUAAAGUUCUGUAGUGUCAAACCUG